AUGCACGCAUCCAUUAGAAUGAUUAGACCCUCCGCCUCCGAGCGAGAUCAGCAAAAGAAUUCCCUCCUUCAUUUCAGUCUGGCUAAGUCUGGCUACAGCUAUGUUUGGCAAUGUCUGGCUACAUCGAUAUGGAUGGAUGGAUGGAUGUCUGGCUAUGUAGAAAAGGCUAAAGCUUCGUUGGAUAAUUAA